CUAGUUGGAACUUACUUGUGACAGCUGCUGAAAAAACAGGAAUUGAUUGGAAUGCUUUCACAGCCUUUCUGGACCUCGGCUGCUUUACUGCCUCGCUCAGCUGUGCAGGGGGAACCCAAUAUGGCAUCUUGCAUGAGGAGCUUGUUCUCUGACCACAGCAGAUACGUGGAAUCUUUCCGGAGGUUUCUAAAUAAUUCCACGGAACACCAAUGCAUGCAGGAAUUCAUGGACAAGAAGCUGCCAGGCAUAAUAGCAAGAUUUGGGGAUGAGAGAGCAAGAGAAAUUAAAAUUUGCCAGUGGGGCGGUGGUGCAGGUGAGAUUGACCUGCAGAUUCUCUCCAAAGUUCAGGCUCAAUACCCAGGAAUCUGUAUCAGUAAUGAAGUUGUUGAACCAAGUGCUGAGCAAAUUGUCAAGUACAAAGAGCGUGUAGCCAACACAUCAAACAUGGAGAAUGUAAAAUUUGCUUGGCACAAGGAAACAUCAUCUGAAUAUCAAAAACGGAUGUUGGAAGAAGAACCUCAAAAGUGGGACUUUAUUCAUAUGAUUCAGAUGCUGUAUUAUGUAAAGGAUAUUCCAGCUACUCUGAGAUUCUUCCAUGGUCUCUUAGCUGCCAACGCUAAGAUUCUCAUUAUCCUUGUCUCAGGAACUAGUGGCUGGGACAAGCUAUGGAAAAAGUAUGGAUCCCGCCUACCCAGGGAUGACCUCUGCCAGUACGUCACAUCCUCUGAUCUCACUCAGAUACUGGACGGCCUGGGGAUUAAGUAUGAGUGUUAUGACCUUUUGUCCACCAUGGACAUUACAGACUGUUUUACUGAUGGUAAUGAAAAUGGAGAACUGCUUUGGGAUUUUUUGACAGAAACUUGCAACUUUAGCAAAACAGCACCACCGGAUCUCAGAGCGGAAAUUAUGAAAGAUCUUCAAGAACCUGAAUUUAGUGUUAAGAAAGAGGGGAAGGUACUUUUUAAUAAUAAUCUGAGUUUUAUAGUGGUUGAGGCAUAACUAUAAAUCAUGAGUAUUCAGAACUGACAUUUUGCAUAAUUAUUGGUUAAAACUAAUCUUACAAUAAGAAUAUAAUCUUAUCUCUUAUAAAUGAAAUCUACAAAUUUUGGAGACAUUCUUGGUUUCUAUCAGAAUCACGUGGGCUACUUCGAGUUAUAUCUUGUCCUUGAAAGAUAACAUUCAGGCUGCACAGUACCUAACUAGAAAGAUAUGGCUUGAGUUUCAUUGGAUUAUUACUAAUAAAUUUUUUUCCAUUUUCUCAUUGUUCUGGAAAUUCUUGGAAUAGUAAUAAAAAAUGUGCCUCUAUACUUUGAAUAGUUGCAAAGUGACAUCUACACAAAAAGUAGAUAUGUCUCCACUUUUAAAGACGUGUUCGUCUUCCUAGUUUUUCCUAUUGUGGUUUCUAUCAUGCCUUUUAUUAAUAUCAUCAUAAAGUUAGAGGCUGGUGGGAUGGUUGCUCCAGAGGACCUGGGGUCAGUGUUCAGCAUGCAUGUCUUACACCUCACAACAGACUGUAAGGCCAACUCUAGAGAAUCUGAUGCUGUAUUCUGAUCUCUGGAGGCAUCAACAAUGUGUGCACAUACCCCUCCCACACGCAUAAUUAGGAAUUAAAUAAAUCUUUAAAAAGAUUACAAAACUGGCUCUUUGUCAUGUGAUUCUUCUACAUUAUCUAAGAUAUAAUCAUUUUUUUUCCUUUCUGAUAUACUGAAGCUUUUAUUUUGUGAAAAUCAAUUUAGUUCACUUUUUCAUUUCUUAAGUUUUAGUUUCUGGAACAUUUAAAAAGAUCUCUCUAAUAUUUUAUAAUAAUUUCAUGACUUUGUUCCAAAGUUACCUUUGGAUAGAUUUUGGAGAAUUUGGGGAGACUUACUUGGUAUUGUUUUAGGUAAUCCUCUGUUAUUCUUAAAAGAAAAAUAUAUCUUAAGUUAGUAAGUAAGUAAUAAUUCAUAAGUAUUUUCUAUAAUAAGAAAAUGAUACUUCCCAUUAAAGCAGAGUAAAAGAUGGGUCUUACUAGCUUGGGGAACUGUGACUUUUGCAGUGUAGAAGCCUUAAUUCAUGGGUGGUGUUUUGUCAUUCUCGUGAUAGCAUUAGUACUUUAUGUUGCAUGAUCGUCAGCUUUGAAGAAUUUGUGCCCCGUCUUUUCUCUGUGGUUUGGAAUAUGUUUAUAUUGACAAAUACGCAAGCUUAGUUUGUAAUCAUAAAACUGACAUACAGUGAUGUAUUUUCUUGGACAGCUUCAUCAAUUUUUUUAA